AUGAAAAAUUCCCUAACUAAAUUUUAUACUUUAAACUCAUUUUCGCAAGAUAAAACAUAUACCUUUGUUAAAUAACGAAAGGAAUAAUUGCAAGAAGAAAUUAGUAGAAUAAAUGAUGAAACAGAAUUUGAAGUAUUAAUAAAUAUUAAUUUAUGAGGAUUUUACUGAAUUUAAGACAUUAAAUUUGAAUGAAACCAUAAUUUCCAUUAAAUACACAGCUGAUCAAUUUUAUGAUCCUUUUUAAUAAUAAGAAAUUAAAGUUGAGCAUUAUGUUUAAGAAUUGAUUUACAAUGUAAGAAGAAAAUAUCCAUGGAUUACAAUUUUGGAAAAAAGAAUAUCUUAAUCAGCUGAAUUACUUUGUUAAAUUUAAAUUUACAAUUAGAAACAUAAAAUUGUUUUAUUUAAUAAACCUUUUACAAAUACUCAACAUAUUUUAGAAUUAUUAAAACUAUAUAUUGAGAGAGGAACAAUAAAUAUUAAAUUUAUUUGCCAUAAUUAAGAUGUAAUAGCAUUAGGUGGUCAUUUGAAUAAUUUAUUUGAAGAUGCUUUUAUUACAAUCUCUUAGAAAGAUAAAUUAUAAAUAAAUGAUAAAUCUCAUAUUCCUGCAAAAUUAGUAACUAUUAAUAAAAAGCUUACUUCAAACUUUAUUAAUUUUAAAGAUCUUCCUUCAAAUAACGAAUAUGUAGUUGAUAUUUAAGGAAAAAAUUUUAAGUAUAUUCAUCAAGAUGUGCAUUUUAAUGAAAAUGUCAUAGAACUAGAAAGAAUUGAUAUCAUAUAAGCCAAAUAUAAAUUGAUUUAUUAAGGAAAACUUGUGGAAGCAGAUAAAUUUUCAGUUAAUGGAAUACCCAUAAUUUUUAAUGGAGAAUACAGAUUUUGGACAAAACCUUAAGCAGAAUAUAUUGUUAGUAUUGAAAAAUUAGAUUUUUAUCAGAAAUAGCAUAUUUUAAUAACAAAAGGUUUUGGAGAAUUUAAAUAGGAUAUCGAAAUGAUCAAGAUAUAGAAAACAAUUUUAAAGAUUACAAGUAAAAAUAUUAUAGAUUCAUCAAUACUUGAUGAUGUGGAUAUUAGUAUAGAUGGUAAGGUUGUUGGAUAAACGAAUAAAAAUGGAAUCAUUGUAAUUUAGAAUCUUGAAUUGAAAAGUAUUGUAAUCAAAGCAGCAAAAAAAGGAUUUCUUACUAUGCCUUUAAAAUUUGAUAUUUCUGCAAAUAAUAUUGGUUAAAGUCUAUUAAUUGAAAUGUUUCCAGAUUAUUUUAGUUUAAUGAAUUAAUUUCAUAUUUUGGUAGUUAAACCUAAGAGUGCUAAGAGAUUAUCACUUUAAUUAGUUGAUUUAGAUGAAUAAAAUAAAAAUAAUAUUUAAUAAAAGAUAGUUCCUUAUCACAAUGGUGUUGUAGUGAACUAUGGAAUUCAUAUUGGAAACUUUGAUGUAUUUGACAAAUAGAAAAAUAUCUAUAAAUUAUACAUUAAAGAUUCUAAAGAGGUUUUACCAAGAUGUAGAUAAACAAGUAGUAAUACAAAUAAAAAAUCUUAACAUGUUAAUUCAUCACCUUUAAAUUAAAUGAAAACAAGAAUAAUUAAUUAAAAUUCAGAUUUAAAGACAGAGAGGGGUUUGAAUUAAAAUAAAAAAGUAACUACAAAUUUAGAAGUUGAGCAUUUGCAUAUCUAUCUAUCUUUUGGAAUGGAUAUAUUGUGUUCGCAAAUUUUUGAGGUUGAAAAAUUCACCUCAAAAGUUUAUGCAACUAUAAAUUGUAAAAUUUAUUUGAGUUAUAUUUUUAGUGCAAAGAAGAAUUGUUGAAUUGGAUGGUAAAGCUUAUAGUUGUAGAAAAGAGAAGUCUCAAUAAAAAACAAAUAAAAGACGUGAAACUGGAAAUAUACUACAAUUAUUAACAAAUCAAAUAUGA